AUGAAUAUUGGUGACAAAUUUAUUUCUAAACUGUUGGAUACACAAUUGGAAAGUGGUGGUGUAUUCAGAGGUGAAAGAGUGUUCUCACCUAACCCACGAACUAUUUAUGGUGGUGAGCUUAUGGCCCAAGCUUUGAUGGCUGCUAGUAAAACUGUACCAGACGGUUAUAGGCCGAACAGUUUACACUGUUACUUUCAUGAUCGAUCCAGCGUUGUAGAACCAAACAAUUAUCAUGUCACCAAACUCCGUGAUGGUCGUUCAUUUUGUCAUAGAUUGGUUGAAGCUUUCCCGGUGAAUAAAACUGAUGUGAUCACUCCAUAUUUUCGUAUGGAUUGUUCAUUUAAAACACCUGAAAAAGAUCCUGCAUCCUUCUUAUCUACUAUGCCUAGCGUUCCAUCUGUUGAAGAAACUCAGGAUUUCAAUACUUAUUUAAAAUCACUUGACCUCGAAAAUUUAUCACCUGUAUCACAAAGUCGAAUAAAACAAUUUCGAAACUUUGAUGCUAAUUCACCUAUUGAGACUAGAUUCUGUGAACCAGAAUAUGUUCUCGGUCUCAAAUCAAAUGUUGGUGGUCGAUUACACUCUUGGAUGCGUUUAAAAGAAGCUCCAUCUGUUUCGUUGCACUCUUAUCGUGAUGCUAUGCUAGCGUAUUUAUCGGAUGCUCUUUUAUUAUGGGUUGCCCUUACUGAACCACAUCAUGUUCAAUAUUUAGUGACAUUAAAUCAAAGUAUAUGGUUUCAUAAUCCAGAAAUAUGUCCUGAGCCAAAUGAAUGGAUUCUAUUUGAAACACGUGCCAAUUAUGUUGGUGGAGCCUUAACACUUUCAUAUGGAGAAAUUUGGAAUAAAGACGGUCAUUUACUGGCAAGUAUGGCUCAACAAGGUCUAAUGCGAACUCAACAGUUGAAACCGAAUUCAUCCUACACAUCAUUGGAUGAAUUUGCAAGACAAGUGGGAAAAUAA